AUGCUCAAGCCAACUGUCGCUAUUAUCGGUACUUCUGGCUUUUUAGGUAAGUCUACGUUGAACGCUUUUCAAAGUUCAGUUUUUGCAGACAAAUUUCAAUUCCCCAUUAAAGCAUUAUCCAGAUCAGCCAAGACAUCGACUGAUAAAAUCGAAUACGUCCAAGGUGAUUUGAAUGAAGGAAUCAAUAAAGUUGUCGAUGCAUUUAAGGGUGUCGAUGUCAUAAUUGAAUUAUCUAGUUUACUGGUGUACGGGCCAGUUGAGACUUUGGUUAAACAAGUUAAACCUAAGUUAUUUAUUCCUUCGCAAUUUGGAACAGAAAUUGACAAAUCUGAUAAACUUUUCCCUGGAUUUCAGGAUUUUAAGACGAAGCACUCUAAUGCUAUUAGGGAUGCAGGGAUCAAGGUGGUCGAUGUUAUGACCUCGUUAUUUGGUCCCCCAGGACCUUUCCCAUACGAGAUAAUGGGACAAGUGGGCAUUGACGCAGAAUCAAAGACUGUUACUUACAGAGGAGAUCCUGAUACCAAGGCUUCCUUUACCAGUAUUAACGAUGUCGGUAGAUCUAUUGCGGCAGUUGCGGCCAUUGAUUUUUCAAAAUUACCUGACAAAAUUAGAGUACAGUCUGGAGAAAUAACACCUCGUCAAGUUGUUGAAAGAUACGAAAAAACCCACAAUGCAAAGCUUGCCGUUAAAGUCGAAUCUGCUGAAGAAGCAUUAAAGACCGCCCAGACUAAGUAUUCUCAGAGUUACAAACCUGCUGACUUCUUGUAUUAUUCUAGUGUCAUACUUUUCCAAGGUGUUGAUAAAGGUCUAGCAUUUAGGGAAAAUGAUAAUGAAUUGAUCAAUCCAGACAGCAAGUUGUGGACUUGGGAUAAAUUUUAG